AUGAAUAAGAACGCCGCAGCAACUCGUGUUGACGACUGGGUUUCAAACUGGGGAAAAGACGGGUUCACAGAGAUGGCGACUGCCUCGAUUGCUAUGUCUUUCUUGGCCUUCCUUGCCUUUGCUUUCAGUUCCCUGAUUUCAGGUUAUAACCUCUUUAACCAAGACCCCAUCUGA